AUGCUGCCCCGAUUACACCGGUCAGCCUCUCGGCUCCCUAAUCCUGUCCGCUUCUUCAGUCAAACCCCCAUCGCUCCCUCCAAACCCCUCCCCCCACGCAUCAAGAUCAACGAUGCCGACAUCUCCAUCUCAUACCUGAAAGGCACCGGGCCCGGUGGACAGAAGAUUAACAAAACCAACUCUGCCGUCCAGAUCAUCCACAAGCCUACGGGGAUAGUGGUGAAAUGCCAAGCGACGCGGUCACAGGCGCACAAUUGCAAGACUGCGCGCUCCUUAUUGGCGGAUCGGGUGGAGGCGCUGGAAAAGGGGGAUAAGAGUCGGGUUGCAUUGAAGGCCGAAGCGGCGAAGAAGAAGAAGGCGAGUAAGAUGAAGAAGACGAAGAGGAAGUAUCGGGAAUUGGAUGGGAAGGGGAAAGGGAAGGAAGAUGUGGAAGAGGAGGACGAGGUGGAGAUCGUUUGGGAUGACGAGGUGGAAAGUAAGGCUGAAGUUGGGAAAUCGGAGGUCGAGAAGACUGGCUCUUCUACGUGUCCGUCUACAAAGCCCGGGGAUUCCAAGGAUUCCAAGGAUGUAUAA